ACGUGUACAGUAUAAACGGUAUAUAUAUUUUUUGGUUGUUGUCUCUUGUUAACAAGAGAAGGCAUUGAAUUCCAACAUCAGAUAUUUUAUGAAAUUGUCAAUAGACCAAAAUGUACCAAGCAAGGCAAUCCAAUGGCUAUCAUGACCCAGGUCUAAGACGGUCACUGUAAGUAAUGGAGGGGCUCCUAAAUAAGUACACCAAUGUGAUGAAGGGCUGGCAGUUUCGCUGGUUUGUGAUGGACACAGAAUCAGGAAUGCUGGAAUAUUUUGAGAAAGAAGAACACAAGAAGCAGCGCCCCAGAGGAUACGUUCACCUCUCGGGAGCAGUAAUUUCUCCAUCUGAUGAGGAUUCUCAGACUUUCUCAGUCAGUGCUGCGAAUGGAGAAAUUUACAGACUAAAAGGCAUCAACACUAAGGAAAGACAACUGUGGAUAGACAGACUCCGAACUGCCGCAGAAUUCCACACUAAUCACAUGACCAGUGGAGGACAGCCAAGUGUCCGUCGUGAAUCUCGAUCUUCCUCCCUUCUGAAGACCAUCAUCACAGAUGCAGCACCAACCAAGAGGAAACCUGACACAGCAUCACAUGAUGUUCAGCUCAAGGCACACAAAGCCCCCGCCCCUCGACCCCACACGCUAGACCCAUUUAGAGAGGUGAAGGAGUACAUAUCUGAAGCUAAUGACUAUGCUGUACAUCUUGUAGAGAAAAUCGAUGCAUCUUUUGAAGAAGAAUGGAUGGUACAGUGUGUGAUUAGCCUACCAGUUACAGAGGAACCUAUUGGUGGUCUGGAUAAGGACCUUUUGUUAUUGAAAGCCACCUCAACUGCCACUCUGAACAGCCUGGAGCAGUGUCUUAAAAUGCUCCAGCAUCAGCAGGGCAGUGCCCCCUAUGACUGGCAUGACUCCUUUACAAGUCACAGACAAAUCUCCGGUAGUAUUGAUGACCAGUCCUCCAGGAAUGGAAGCUUCUCCUCAAUGACCUCUGCUCCAGGGCCAAUCAUCUUCCCAGAGGAGAGACCUGAAGGACCAAUUAAUCAUGAAGAUGAGGAAGAAGAUGAUAAAGGUUACACAGAGGAGGAUCUAGGAGGGGUGGAGGAACACAAAACUAUCAUUCUGCAUCUUUUGUCACAGCUCAAACUGGGCAUGGACCUAACAAAAGUGGUGCUUCCGACCUUCAUUCUGGAGAGGCGGUCACUUCUGGAGAUGUUUGCGGACUGCAUGGCACACCCAGACAUGUUCUUAAAGAUCCCUGAUUUACCGGACCCUGAGUCUAGAAUGCUUGCUGUGAUAGAGUGGUAUCUGACCUCUUUUCAUGCCGCGAGGCAGGGGUCUGUUGCCAAAAAGCCAUACAACCCUAUUAUUGGAGAGACAUUCCACUGUUCUUGGAGAGUUCCGAAGAGAAUGCAGAACCAAUCCAACAACAGCCAAAAUGAAAGCUCAGUGGAUGGGGUCCAGUUAUCUGCCAGUGCCGAGGAGGAGGUUCAGCUGGUGUACUGUGCUGAGCAAGUGUCUCAUCAUCCCCCGAUUUCCGCCUUUUACUUUGAGUGCCCAGAAAAACAAGUCUAUAUGAAUGCCUCCAUCUACACCAAGUCUCGGUUCUAUGGAAUGUCGAUAGGAGCCAACUUAAUAGGAAAAGUAAGCAUGACAUUACUAGAGCAUGGUGAGGAGUAUGUGUUUGGGAUGCCCAGUGCCUAUGCCCGGUCCAUACUGACUGUACCCUGGGCAGAGAUGGGAGACAAGAUUUCCAUCACAUGUGCCAAAACUGGUUACACAGCAGCUGUCACCUUCCAUACCAAGCCAUUUUAUGGUGGCAAAGUUCACCGGGUCUCAGCAGAACUGAAGAAGGAGAAUUCAGGGGACGUAAUCUGCCGCGUUCAGGGAGAGUGGAACAACCAAAUGGAGUUCAGCUUUGCAGAUGGUUCAAAGAAAGUGAUUGAUGUGAAAGACAUUCCGAUCAGGAAGAAACGAGUGAGGCCGAUGAAGUUACAGGGAGACUUUGAAUCACGGCGACUCUGGCAGCAUGUAACAAAUGCACUCAAAGUGGGCGACGUGAACACAGCCUCGGAGCACAAGAAAGUGCUUGAGGAGAGGCAGAGGGAGGGUGAAAGACAUCGUAAAGAAACAGGAACUCCUUUUCCCAGCAAGUUUUUCCACAAAUUAGAGGAUGGAUGGUUGUUCAACACCCCGUUACAGAAGGGAGACUUGCAAGGAACACUUUAAGGAGAAGAUAUGUAGGGCAUGCUAGAGAUCUCUAUAGGGAAGACAUGCAGGACAUGCUGUGGGGAUUUCUAUAGAGAUCUGUAGAGAGGAGACAUGCUGGACACGCUACAGAGAUCUGGAAGGACGAUCUCCACAGCUGUGAUAUUAACGUGCUACAGACACUUUGUGAUAAACCUUAUCAGGAAGCAUUAUUCAUUAUCAUCACUAAGCAAUAUACACUGUGAAUGUUACAUGUUCCGAACAAGUUUUAUUUUUUAUUCUUUACAUACCAUGUAUGCUUGACAAGGAAAAUAAAGGAGAACUGUUUCAAAUUUCAA